CAUAUUGAAAACAGCAGCGUGUCACCCCCUGUUCUCAAGUGGCUUCCUUUACUUUGCUGUGAGGGAUCAGGGUGUUUUCUCCCUUCCUUUCAAGUUGGUCAGUUCACAGUUGUUCAGCUCUUCUGACUCAUCCAUCCCUCUGCGAACUUCCAAGUGUGAGCAGGUCUGGCACAAACCAGAUGUUACUCUCUAACAAAUGUGUGUGCAUCACGAGUUAAGUUCAGCCCCGGUACUGAGUCUCCAUGCCUGCGGCUGCAGGAUGUGGCCUCUCCUUUGCGUUAUCGCUUUCUCAUGUUGAACUGUUUUUUUCCCCCAAGUGGCACUUAUUUUUCCCUUAAUCUUUUGUGAGAGGAACUUUGCCUGGCGAGGGAAUACGUAGGCUCUGCUGUAUUGAAAGCAUCAAGGAACAAUGCUUAGACAGCGCUUCGUCGGGAGUGAUCGCUGCUUUGGUAACACAAGGUGAUUGCAACAGAGACAUCAGUGCUUCAAGCAACAAGGUGGCGUGGCUGGUGGAGGCUUGAAGUCUCUGCAGCAGAUUUACCUGUGCAGUGUGGCAACUCCCUGUGCAUACCUGGCUUCUCUCUUUGAAGAAGAAAGAAGAGCAGUGCAAGGGAAACCAAUGCUGUGUUCUGCUGAAGGCUGCAAGCUGACCCAAACCCAUCUCACACUGCAGCUGCUCUUUCUCUUUUACAGGAGAACUGGAGCAAAAAAUGCCCAGAGCCAUGGUAUACCCCAGGGAGGAUGAGGAGCAAUCCCUGAAAGCCUCAGCAGGAGUGGUGUCCAAGGUACAGCCCGGGCUUGGCAGAUGGCGAGCAGCCCACGGGCCGGGCUGCCCCAGCGAGCAGCGGUGGCAGGAGCCAGCCCCAGGCCCUGAGGUGGGGAAGAGGAGCGUCACCGCACCGCGCCAUGGCCCCGCGCAGUGGCCCACCUGAUGGCGGCUGGGGCUGGAUGAUCGUUGCCGGCUGCUUCCUGGUCACCAUCUGUACCAGGGCCGUGACGAGGUGCAUCUCAAUUUUUUUUGUGGAGUUCCAGGCAUAUUUUGGGCAGGAUUAUGCCAGAACAGCUUGGAUCCACUCCAUUGUCGACUGUGCCACGAUGCUCUGUGCCCCACUUGGGAGUUUAAUCAGUAAUCAUGUAUCCUGCCAAGUUGGUAUCAUGCUAGGAGGGCUGCUUGCAUCUACUGGACUAAUUUUGAGCUCCUUCGCCGCCAGCCUGGAACAUCUCUACUUAUCAUUAGGAGUCCUUACAGGACUUGGGUUUGCACUCUGUUAUUCUCCAGCUAUCGCGAUGGUGGGCAAAUAUUUCAACAAGCGGAAAGCGUUGGCUUAUGGGAUAGCCAUGUCUGGAAGCGGAAUUGGUACCUUCAUCCUGGCCCCCGUGGUCCAACUCCUAAUUGAGCAGUUUUCCUGGCGUGGGGCAUUACUCAUCCUGGGAGGUUUUGUUCUAAACCUCUGCGUCUGUGGUGCCUUGAUGCGGCCUAUCGCCCUUAAGGAGGACCGUAAAACUGCUCCGGGGCUUCUUGAACAGGAGUAUGUCCCUGAAGCUCAGAAACAAGACCUAAAGCGAAUGUCCAUCUGUUCACCUUUAAUCAAAGCAUGGUCGCAUGAGUGUUUAUGCUACUGUUCAUGGAAGGAAUAUGACUUUUUGCUGAUGCCAGGCUUCAUGGUGCUAGCAGUGUCAGUUUUAUUUAUGGCGUAUGGCUGCAGCCCUCUCUUUGUCUACUUAGUGCCUUAUGCCUUGAGCGUUGGAGUGAGCCAUCACCAGGCUGCCUUCCUCAUGUCCAUACUUGGUGUCAUUGAUAUCAUUGGUAACAUCACCUUUGGAUGGCUAACAGACAGAAGGUGUCUGAAGAAGUACCGGCACUUUUGCUACCUCUUUGCUGUGGGAAUGGAUGGCCUCUGCUGCCUUUUCUUGCCAGUUCUCCAGACCUUCCCCUUGCUUGUGCCUUUCUCAUUUACCUUUGGCUACUUUGAUGGAGCCUAUGUAACGCUGAUCCCUGUUGUGACAGCAGAUGUAGUAGGAACUUCUUCCUUAUCAUCAGCACUGGGUGUUGUGUAUUUUCUGCAUGCCAUACCGUAUCUAGUGAGCCCGCCUGUUGCAGGUUGGCUUGUGGAUACAACGGGCAGUUACACCGCGUCAUUCCUCCUGUGUGGAUUUUCUAUGAUAUUUAGUUCAACGUUACUGUGUUUUGCGAGACUGGCAAAGAAAAUCAAAAGAACGCAUUUAAGGUCACUCACCAGUGAUACCCACAGCAAACAUCACAUCUGGACAAAUGGAGCAAUAGCUUACUCUGUCACUGGAGAAUUAGACCAAAAGGAUGCUGAAUUUUUGGCUGUGGAUACAAGCAGCUAUAGCAACAGAUGACGAGUACCGUCAAGAUUCAGCGCUGUGCAGCUGUGACUGAGACAGAGGGGGCUGCAUUGUGUUGCACUGUUGAAGAUGCUACUUCUGUGAAACAAGGCAUCUCUGUUAGGUUUUUAUGUCAGGUUUUGGUAGGCUAAAAUCUACACACAGAAUAGAAAGUUAAUGCAGUAAUAGAACAAAGCUAGACUGAAAGUAAAGAGAGUUGGUAGAUACAAGUGUCGACAGAUUUAUUUCUAAGGAAAUAUGUUGACUCCAAAGGUAAUCUCAAAAAAGGUAAUCAGAUAUAAUGAAAGAAAAAUACAAAGUAAUCAGUCACCAAAGCUGAACAAUAAUGUUUAAAUUAUUUCAAAAAUAGUAUUAAUGAAAUAAUUUUUUUUGGUGUUCCAGUCAAUUGUUUCAAUGGAGUAACACAUGCCACUGAGAAACCUCUCCAUUUAUCAGUCUUCAUUAAACUCUUUGUCAAUAACUCUUUCAAAUGCCAAAGCUAUUUGUUAUAAAAUCUGCCAGGAAGCUGUGAUUAAUGCUGAAAGUAUCUCUGAAGCAGCUUUAAUUUUUACUUUGUGCCUGCAUCUUGUACAUACAUUGCAACUUCAUUUCAAAUGUGGUUUUUGAGCUACUUUCCUAGUCCCCCUACAGCAAAACUUUGAGGUGACUGUUGUUUUUUCUUUUUUUUCUUUUUCUUUUUUCUUUCUCCUGGAAACCUCUAAAGGAUGAAUUUCUAAACAGUGACAUUCCAGGUAUGAUCCUCCAGCUGAUCUUUUCUGGGUGGAUCGAAGAGUUGCUGUGGCUGCUCAGCCAUCUGAAGAGGAGUAAAUCUGUACCAGGAGACUAGAUGUGCUGGUAGACAAACCUGCUCUAGCUUCAUUAGUUGGAAGAAGUCCAAAGGCAGCCCAGGAGACUGGGAGGAGAAGCUCAUGUUUUUCCAAAUGCAGAGUCUCUUCCUCCUGUAAAAUCACUAGUUGUUGAAAAAAUUAAUUUUUGGGAACAGAUGACUGAGAAACUCCCACCGCAGAUGCUAUUACUAAAGAAGAUCUUGACAGACAAGUUGCUCCUCCUGCAUAUUGCAAUGGCAAGCCUGUCCCUUUUUGGAUCCAGGAGACAUAUCUUCAGGUGGUGCAAAUUACUCAUUGAUACCAACUGGAGAGCUGAUCAGAUCACUUGUCCUGGCUGGCCAGACAGCAACAGCUGUGAUUUGCUGAUGAUUUCCUGCUACUUGUGCUAGGGAUGUACUGCAGCUGGCUGAUUCAUGGGACCUAGAGACUGAAUGUAGCUCAUGGCGGUAAAUUACUGAUAUGAUGGUUUAUUGAAUAAUGGGAUGCUUCUACAUGUCCAAAGCGAAACUGUUAGAGAUGGAGGAACUUCACAUUCUGAAGUGCAAAUCUUUUCUGUUUGAUCCUGUAUAAAACUGUAUUCUGUUCACUAGCAAAUUGAUCAGAGUCCAGAUAAGUUUUAUUAAUGCUAUGCUAGUAAUUUUGUUAAUCACUUGCAGUAUAUUUGAUGUUUGCUAUUGGUGUCCUAUUCCAUUCUGUGCCUCAGAAGGGAAAGCAACACAGGCUGCUGUUCACAAAUUUGAUUUAGAUCAGGAGUACACCCACGGGGUCAUAAUGUAUUUUUUAUAUAUAUGAAUAGUAUGUGUAUCAAUUUCUUCUAUUUUUCAUGCAUAUUUCAAAUAUAACAUAUUAAAAUUGUUUGACUUCAGUUGUCUGCACUCAAAGCAUUUACCACUACCAUGCUCCAGAAGUACAGUUACAGUUUGUUUGUUUUUUAAGGGACGAUAAUAUUCAGGCUGUUGUCCAUACAGGGUAGGCUGGCAUAGCACAGCGCAGCAGUAGGCAGAGACACCUGAGAAAGCUGUGAACAAUUUGCCAGGACAACAUGGUGCUUUCCCACCAGCCCACUGAGCAGUGAUGGAUGCGAGCUUGGAAAGAGCAUUCAGAUGAAUCCUGCCCGUGCUAAUGCUCUGUUCCAGGUGUUCCAUGCAGUGCAUGAAAGCACAGUGUAAGUGCAGAAUAUGAUCUUUAAUUGGUUUUAUAUUUUUUUUUCUAGGCCUUUGGACAGCUCUGCUGUUUCAGCUUUGUGUUUAGUCUUGUGUUGUACCUUUGGAAAGCUGAAUUUUCAUGUUAGCAAAAAGUACCUCAGGGUCGGGCAACUAAUGCGUGGAUUUAGCACUUACUCCCUCAUGGAGUGAAUGAGCAGGUCCUGAAGAGCAGGGUAGUUAGGGAUCCAGUGAAUGGGGCCCAAACAAACAAAAAAGUGCUUAGGAGCAAUUGCAUAAAAUGAAGAGUCCACAAACAAGCCCCAGUUUUGCAAAGGUGAGCUAAGGCAAAACCACCCUGAGGCUUGUUGACAUCCCUCCUGGGAUGUCACUUGCUACAAACCCCAGCUGCCCAACAGCUCCGGGUCUGAAUUUAACCCCAAACUCCCAGUGCUGAGCAGUGCCCGGCUGGUGGGGCCUGCAGAGCUGUUCUGUCCUGGGUGGCAGCCAGACACUUGCCUGCGCAGAUGCAGGAUGCUGACAGGGCUUCCUAAAGAGUAAUGAAUGACAGCGGACUGGAAAGGCAGCGGGGGACUCAACUGCUGGAAGUGCAGCAUUUGUUUCUGUCCCAGGAGAUUUGAAAUGGAGCAAUCGUCAUUCUUUUGAAAGUCCUUAUAUUGAAGUGAGAAUCGUUUAUCAAAUCUGUUUUGGAGAGGGAGGCAUCUAAGAAAUUGCGCCUUGAAAACCUGUGUGAAAACUGUGUUGGAAAAGUAAAGCCCCUUCUGUGGAAAAAAAAUAAAAAUUAAACACUUCUACCAGCUUGGAUACUUUCUCCCCUGAAAAAUGAAGGUGUCUGUGCUAUUAUAUGGUGAAUAUACUUCAUACUGCCAAUAUUCCUUGUCUGCUUUCUGAAGUGUCACAAGUUUAUUUGGGAAGAAAGGGCAUGGUUAAGAUAAGCUGUAACAACACCUCCUGGUCAGCACGAUGAAGUCCUUAAGCACAAUCACCUCAAUAAAUAAUGCUUUCUGCUAAGUGACUUAUGAUGUAUUCCAGUACAGUCUCCUAGAUGAUCUAGGAGGUGAUUUGGACUCAUAAACGAAUGCCUCGUGCAGGGUUAGCCCCCCCCCCCGCUUUUUCCUGCAGCGAGGCAGUUGCGUUCACACGCGGAUCAGCCGGCUUCGCUCCGGCGCCGCUCCGCUUCUGCCCGCUGGGCUUGGGCGGCGCGGGUGGCGGUGCCGCAGCACCACCCAGCGGGAGGCGAUGAGGAUCGCUCACGGUGAUGAAGAUCGAGCCUUUCAGGCUCGCCUUUUUGCCCGAAAUAGCUCGCUGCCUCUCCGUAUUUCCCGGGAAAGGGGCGGCAGGGUGUGGAGAGGAGCAGGGGUGUGCAACCGGGGCUUCGGGAGCCUGCGCGACCCGUCCCUUCGUCUCUUCCCUGCUGCCCUCAGGAGGGCUUGGAUGGAAACUGUGCUGACGUGAGAAACCUCAAGACCGAGCAGCGUAGCGGGGUCACCUCGUGUACCGUUUUGCCCCACAGCUGAGCCCAGCACCGUAGGUAAUCACCAGUUCCUGACUUCAGCCCUGCCGUUGUACCCACGAGCUUUGAGCACCGUGUGUCAGUCCCGCUCCCGUCCUCCCCGUUCUCCUCCCUCCCUCCCCUUUCCCUAGGUAGGGCCGCCGCUGUUUGUAAGAGGAAAAGCUGGCAGGUGGCUGGAAAACGAGGCCAGACUUGGUUAAGUUUGUUAAGUUAGCAGUCCCAGGUGUGGUUGAGUGUGCUGUGCACACUGUUAUGCUCCUGGCUGCUUUUGCUCGUGCUAUAAAAGAUUCUCAGAGAGCUGAGAGGUUCCUUGAUGCUUCAUUGCCUGGCACCACGUUUUACGCUCCUGUAGGACACUGUCCUGUCUGUGCACGGGGCCUGCUGCUGCUCGGGGGGCAGGAAGGCUCCAGGGGGGCUGGGAACAGAAAUGCCCACCCUCCCAUCCUCCCAGGGGCAUGUGUACAGGCUGCUCAAGUGCUGGCAGUUGGAUAGUGUUGCUGCCAUAUGUGUGGCUGAAGCUCUGACAUCUUCUGAAGCUUGUUGUCAAACUUCAAUGCGCACCUUAACCUGGUGUGUGGGCUCUGUCACCAGCUGGCUUCGUUCUACACGACUGGCUAGGGCUCAGGAGUGUUCUGGAAGUGUAGUAUUAAUUUUGCCAAGCACCAUCAUCUAUUAUGCCAAGGUACGUAAUGUGAAAUUAGACUGGCAAGCUGUGAAUACCUUUAGUUAGAUAUCUGAAGACAAUCACUUCCUUAACCUAGUCACUGUCCUCUCAGCCCUUUCUUCCCUUCUUGCGUGCUCUGUGUUCACCCAGCCCUUCUCCCACCUGCACCUUGCACUCGGGUUUCCAUUUGUCCAGUUCUCCAGCUCCACUCCGUGCUCCAUUUCUGGUUCAGUACAUUGCUCGUGUUUUCCGUCCCUGGCUUGUUUCACAAUGUGGCCACAGACAACCAUCUCUCUGGCAUCUCAGACGCUGCCUUUCCUUCCACUCCAGACGUUUGCUCUAGUGGUUCCCAAGAGUGCCAGUUUGGGUAAACUAUAUGGAUGCUAUUUUCUGCACAAUUUAAUUCUUUGGGGGAGCAUCUCUGAAACCAGCCUUGCCAAGAGUCUGGGAAAAUAAAUGGGGCUAUCUCCUGACUUUUCCAUAUCCUGCCCAAACUUUAUCCCUUUUACUUUUUUGAAAGGAUGUUUCCCUUUCUUUCAUCUACUAACAUGAGCGUUGGUCAGCGGAGAGAUACUAGAAGCAGCAGUUGGACGAUGCAAUGCUCUUUGAUAGUUCACAACAAUAAUACACGUUUUAAGUUUCCAAGUAAACUAGACAAACCGUGGUUGUUUAAACAGUGGUCAUUUAUGUUAAACAGCACACAAGGUAGUAAUCUGAACAAGUCUUCAACACAAAUUUCUUCUAAAUGACACAAAAAGAGUCUUUACUUAAUAUUUGAAAAUGCACCAGCAAUGUCCAUUGUAGCAUCAGCAUGCCUUUCAAAUUGAUAGGUUAAAUGUUGAAAUAGCAUAAUUCCCUGAUCUUUUUCUCAGUAGAAGGUAAGAUCUGGUUCCAGCUGUGUCCUACAGAUCAUCACUCAAAGACAACCUUUAUACUAGUAUUAGUACGGAAGGCUAAGAUUGCUUAGCUAUUAUUUAUUCUUUCUAAGCAUGCUCUUUAGCAGUGAACGAACAAGCAAAUGCACAAUCAUCAUCCAGUCAUCAUCUACAGUUUCUACACCAUCACCAGAAGGUGGUGGUACCAGGUUUUUCAUCUGGUUAUAACUUCAACCUUAAAAUCUGGUUAUAACUUCAACCAUAAAAUGUGCUUUUUUUUUUUUUUUUUUGAGAAGGGAUUUUGGGGGCUUCAGCUUGAGAGGGAAAGUCGUAGC